AAAAAUUUUGAUUCAACCAUCAAUCGCCGUUGUCCUUUUCUAACAUUAGGUCAAAUUAAGACCAAAAAUAGAUGAAAUUUUCCUCCCUAAUUUACGACCCCAAUCAAUACCUCUGCAAAUCCUAAUUAACCAAAGAAUUCCCAAAUCGAUUUCUAUACAAUGGAAAUAAGGAUUUAUUUCCCUUCUCUCCAAUUUCAAUCUUAAUCCGCCAUAAAGGACCCUCUGACCCAUGAAUCCGUCCAUAUUCAUUUUCGCAAGACCCAUUAGGAUCCACUUCAAAGAUUCCAUUAUGGGUUUUCCUACCCAAAAUGAAAUGCACUUUCCCACUAUAAAAUCUUCCACUCAUCUCAACUCAAACUCCUAAGACUUUGCGAGAAAAUCUAAUGGCGUCAACACCUGUUUCAGUUCAUAAAUCGGAGGAGGAAUGGAGGGCCAUUCUCACUCCCGAGCAGUUUCAUAUCCUCCGCGAAAAGGGCACUGAGCCUAAGGGGACCGGGCACUACGAUAAGUUCUACGAAGAAGGGAUCUACAACUGUGCUGGUUGCGGAACACCGCUCUACAAAUCCACAACCAAAUUCAACUCUGGUUGCGGUUGGCCUGCAUUCUUUGAAGGUCUACCGGGGACCAUCAACCGUUCUCCGGACCCUGAUGGUAGGAGGACAGAAAUUACUUGUGUCGCUUGUGGUGGGCACUUGGGGCAUGUCUUCAAAGGUGAGGGUCAUCUGGUGCCAACGGAUGAGAGGCAUUGUGUUAACAGCGUGUCGAUUAAGUUUGUGCCCGCUCCUGCUUCUACUCCUGCUCCACAAUGUGGUUCAUGUUCUUGUAGUGCUAGGAAAGGCAAUUAGAAUAUGAUGGAGAGUUGCCUUUGGCACUUUUGAUAUUGCGUGCACUCUAUAUUGAUGGAUGUUAAUUUGGAUAUUCCAAGUGAAUAAGCUAUGGUAUAUGCUGGUUUUGGCUACUGUGGUUUCA